CUUGGCAGUAAAUUGUUGACAAACCUCAAAUUACAAAAAGCAACAUGUUAUUAUAAUACACCGCCCCGCUGGGAUGUGAAAUGGCAUUAAUUACUUAAUUACCAAAGGGAUUUGGGGAUUUGUGGCGAAAUUUAAGCGAUUAUUUAGGACAUAACCUCAAAUUUAUUUCGUAAGUAAAUUAAAUGGAUUUCGUGGACCAUAUUGCUACCCCCAAGUUGGACGGGGUUAUUUUACACAGCCCCCUGCAAGAGGCUAUAGAUGGGACUUUGUGUGUGACAGGGCAUCAUUUAAUUUUGAGUUCGAGGAAAGAGGAUGUACAGGAAUUAUGGUUAUUGCACCAAUGUAUAGACGCAAUAGAGAAAAAACAACAAGGCGGCAAUUCAAAUCAAAAUGGGGGCUCCCUAGUACUGAAAUGUAAAGACUUCCGUAUCCUACAACUAGACAUAGCUGGCGCGAAUGAAUUCCACAACAUAUACGACUCGAUUGAAAGACUUUCGAACCUGGACAACCUCGAAUCUCUGUACCCCUUUUUCUACCGCCCCAUGUACAACAUUCUCGAAGACGGCCACACGCUAUUUCAACCGGAACUGGAGUUCGCGAAACUUCUGGCCAGCGACGAGUGGCGGAUAUCCCACGUCAACAAAACCUACGCCAUAUGUCCCAGCUACAGCGGCACGCUCAUCGUCCCGAAAAGCAUAGACGACGACGUCAUUAUAGCUGCGGCCAGCUUCAGAGAUGGCGGGAGGUUCCCCGUUUUGAGCUACAGGCACGACAGCGGGGCUGUUUUGUUACGCAGCAGUCAACCCCUGUUGACGAACAACAAUAGAAGGUGCAGGGCUGACGAAAAGAUAUUAAAUACUAUUCUGGGGUCCAGUAAAAAGGGUUACAUAAUCGACACGAGAAGCACGAGUUACACGAACAAUUGCAAGGGAAAGGGAGGGGGGACCGAGCCCGACGGCCACUACACGCAGUGGAAAAAAGUUUUCAAACCCAUGGACAAAAUCUCGAAGUGCGACGGGAGCGUGUUAGACCACCUCGGAAAGCUAAUCGACGCUUGUAACGAUACGAACUGUAACUCCGACAAGUGGUUGUCCAGACUGGAGAGUUCGAACUGGUUGACUCACAUACAAAACGUUCUGAACGCGGCCUGUUUGGUUGCUCAGUGCUUGGACAAAGAUGGCGCUAGCGUUUUGGUGCACGGGUCCAGCGGGAUGGACUCCACUUUGCUGGUGACGUCAUUGACGCAGGUAAUUUUAAACCCCGACUGUAGAACGUACAGGGGAUUACAGGCUUUGGUGGAAAGAGAAUGGUUGCAGGCCGGACAUCCGUUCCACACCAGGCACCGGAAGUUUUGCUACUCGGGGAGCAAAUCCAAGGGCAACCAGCCGUCGUUUUUGUUGUUUUUGGAUUGCGUUCAUCAACUGCAUUAUCAAUUCCCUUGCAGUUUCGAGUACACCACGCAGAUGUUGAUAAAUCUCUUCGAGCACUCCUACGUGAGUCAGUUCGGUACUUUCCUGGGCAAUUCCGAGUUCGACAGGCUAAACUUACAACUCCCGACGAAAACUACGAGUCUCUGGUCGUACUUAAACCGGCCUGAAGUUAUAACCUCCCUGUUAAACCCUCUAUACGAACCCAACAAGUCCCCAAUAUGGCCCAGUGUAGCCCCGGUUUCCCUUGUACUUUGGGAUGAGUUGUAUUUAAGGUUUGUUGUGGACCAAAGGGAAAGCAAAAAAGCCCUAAGUAAAAUACAGGACGUCAUUAAUACGGAUAAGAAUUUGAGAAGUAAGGCUUUAAAGUUGAGGAAACAGCUGACAGACUUACAGAAAGAAUUGGAGUGUCUUAAUAAUGAGCUUGAAGAAAAUGAUAGUGAUAGUAGUUAGAGUUUUGAUUUAAAGUACAAAUUAUUAUUAACUUAAGUCCAAAUAUUUUUUAAAAUUAUUUUGACAUUCAUGAAGUGCAUUUUUAGACUUGACAGUAUGUUUUAUGUCAAAAACUUAAAAAAAUAAUAAUCUCAAAAAUAAUAUAUUAUUUUAACCAGAUAUACAGG